AGACUCGGCCCCAAAAGCGGCGGCCAUUGGAGGUGGCUGCUGCAGCUGGCGACAGCUUGAGGGCUUGCUGUCCCGAGCCGUGUUCGCCCUAGUCCUCGGAGGCGGGCCGGGGGCUUGGAGGGAGAGUCCUUCGAAACCAGCUUUUUCUCACAUAUGUGGCCAUGUUGCGACCCCUGAUCACGGAGGGAGCUUAGUCACCAGGACUUGAAUUUUGGCAGUUUCUGCCCGAGCGAGAAGGGCUGAACCCCUGCCCCGAUGUGGCCUCAUGGAUGAGCUGGUACAUGACUUAGCCUCAGCCUUGGAGCAGACAUCUGAGCAGAAUAAGCUUGGUGAGCUGUGGGAGGAGAUGGCCCUGAGCCCUCGGCAGCAGAGGCGGCAGCUUCGCAAAAGGAGAGGCCGGAAGCGCCGCUCGGACUUCACUCACCUGGCCGAGCAUACCUGCUGCUACAGUGAGGCCUCUGAGUCGAGUCUCGAUGAGGCCAUUAAGGAUUGUCGAGAAAUGGCCCCUGUUGCCAAUUUUAGUGACUCCGAUGACACGAUGGUAGCCAAACGGCACCCGGCUCUCAAUGCCAUUGUUAAGAGUAAGCAACACUCUUGGCACGAAUCUGACUCCUUUACUGAAAAUGCGCCCUGUCGACCGCUCCGGCGCCGGCGGAAAGUGAAGCGAGUGACAUCAGAGGUGGCUGCCAGCCUUCAGCAGAAGCUCAAGGUGUCAGAUUGGAGCUACGAGAGAGGCUGCAGGUUCAAGUCUGCUAAGAAGCAGCGUCUGUCCCGCUGGAAGGAGAAUACUCCCUGGACCUCAUCAGGUCAUGGGUUGUGUGAAUCAGCAGAAAAUAGGACUUUCCUAAGCAAAACAGGAAGGAAAGAAAGGAUGGAGUGUGAAGCAGAUGAACAAAAACAGGGCUCUGAUGAGAACAUGUCAGAAUGUGAAACCAGCAGUGUGUGUAGCAGCAGUGACACAGGGCUCUUUACCAAUGAUGAAGGACGGCAAGGGGAUGAUGAGCAAAGCGAUUGGUUCUAUGAGGGAGAAUGUGUCCCAGGAUUCACUGUCCCUAAUCUUCUGCCCAAGUGGGCUCCUGAUCGUUGCUCUGAAGUGGAAAGAAUGGAUUCUGGACUGGAUAAACUUUCCGAUUCCACAUUCCUUUUACCUUCUCGACCAGCUCAAAGAGGAUAUCAUGCUCGCUUGAAUCGUCUGCCUGGAGCUGCAGCUCGAUGCCUCAGAAAGGGCCGAAGAAGGCUUGUUGGGAAGGAGACCAGCAUAAGUACUUUGGGUACUGAGAGGAUAGGCCACAUUAUUAGUGACCCUCGGCAGAAAGAAAAGAAUAAAGCAUUGGCUUCUGAUUUUCCUCACAUUUCUGCUUGUGCGCAUGAGUUUAAUCCCCUCUCCCCUCUCUACUCCUUGGAUGUUCUGGCUGAUGCUUCUCACCGAAGAUGUUCACCAGCGCACUGCUCUGCCAGACAGGCAAACAUACACUUGGGACCCCCAUGUUCACGUGACAUCAAGAGGAAACGGAAACCUGUGGCCACAGCAUCUCUGUCUAGCCCAAAUGCAGUUCACGUGGAUGUAGUGGAGCCAACCACACCAGCAUCGCAGGUCCAGAAAUCUCCAAACCCUGAGUGGUUGGUCAGGACCUCUGCCGCAGAGAAAGCUACUGACUCCGCUGCAGCUACGUUUUUUAAAAUGCCACCAGAAAAGAGCCCUGGAUACAGCUAGAGGGCAGGAGCCCACCCACCGGGAGCCACUGGGUGUCAUGCAACGCAUCCUAGACGUGGUGUCACAGAGCCUUGCAUAUCGCAGUUGACAUUCCCAGUCCUUUUACCGCCAGGAUGACCCCUCUUCAGACAAAGCAGUGGACUCUUUCUCUUAGAAAAUCAUGUUGUGCAAAUCUGGUUUAAAAAAAAAAAAAUUAGUAAAGUAUUGCAGCAGCAGUUUAAAACAGAAAAAAAAAAAGUCAUCCUCUGCUAUUUGUUACAUUGCUGUCGUUGUCCCAACAGUUACCUGCAGCCCCGUUUACAGAGCUGUUGCUUUUUGCGGGUAUGUCUCUUUCCUUGAAAAACUAGUAACUGCUUUUGCAUACUUUUUGUGUAGAGGUUUUAAUAUCAUUUGAGGAAGUCCCAAAUUGGUAGCCAGUUCUAGACAGAUUUAAACACUGAGUUAAGACCGGUGUGUGGAAUUGCGUUUGCAGAGACAAGGUUUGCCUUUGAGCCUGGUCUUGAUUCACUGAUCGUGCCAAUAAGCUAAAUCCAUCAAGUUCUCAUUUUGGAGCCUCAGAGGAGACCCCAGCGGCCUGGACAGCGGGAACUUCUUCCAGUUUUCUAAAUGGCCUAAUGGGAUCUCCAGCAGAUGCAUUUGUACUUGGCCUCGUCUCCAAAGUUGGUGUUCUCCUGCAAGAGGAUGUCUGUAUUCAUGAUGUAAUGAAGAAAAUGGUUUAGUUGUUCAACAAACUUAAAAUAGUCAGUGGAUUAUGUCUUAAUACUUCAUGUCACAGUGUAAGCCUUUAUGUACUAAAUGGGAAUUUUAUUGUUAGUUUAUAGGUCAGUAACCUGCAGCAGAAAUUCAUACUCUGUUAUAAUAAUGGCUUCUUGGGGCCGUACUUUGGGGAGAAAAAUGUCUUUUUGACACGCCUUUAUACUUGGCGUGUUUAUGACGGCUCAGCUGCGUGUGGAGUUAUGUAUACAGCCAUGCCUGGAGUUGGAUGCCGCUUUGUCAGAAUGAGGAAUAAGUGACUGCCUGGAACCGCUGGGGAAAAGCCACCUUUUCUAAAAAAGUAUUAUCAAGAGUGUCUGUCAUUCAGAGGACUGGUUGGCAGAGCGUUCUUUUUUGUACGAAUUGAGUACAUUUACUCUGAAAUGUACAGAAACUGUUUUCAAAGUGCCCACUGCUCUGGAACAUUCCAGAGGAACUCCCAGCCCCGCGCCUGGAUAUUUUCUGUGCUUGAAUAGGUGCUGAGUGUCAGGACAGAGCCUCCUUUUCGCGAAACGCAGUUGUCCCUCCUCCUCACACAGAAUGUGAGGGUGGGCUGCUCUAUCACGUUCCCUUUAAAAAUGGUAGUCCUCUCCAGUGCCAAGUCUAGGGUUUCCUUGUUGAUGGGUGGGUGUGAGUCUAGUUGGAAAGGGGGACUUGAAGGUAAUUUACGUAGCCCUUUUCUGUAACGGAGAACGGAGAACAUGUCAGCUGUAACAAGGGGUAUGGUGGAGGGAGGGGCAGGCGGAGAUUGUGAGGUGAGGGAGUGGCGUGAAUGCCAACCCAGCAUCUCUGGGAGCCACCCCUGGUUCUCAUGCAGUAGUGAGUGUACUUCCCUUCCCUGGGGCCUGUAGCCGUGGCAGUAUAAGAGAUAAAGUGCCUGUUGAAUAUGAAAUGGCACUACCAAGUUGUUUUAGUGACGAAGGUUGGCUUGAUUGUCCUGUGUGCAUUCAAACCUAGUCCCCGUCGUGUCCUGAGACAAAUCUCUAAUGUAAUUAGUUGGAUUUAAGGGAGAAAUCCAUGGACAUAAUUUUACUUUCUUUGCACUAAAGCUCUGGCUGUUGUAGAGAUGGGUCCUGUCAUCAUAGCCUAUUCAGACUUCCACAGUUCAGGGCGAGUCUUAUGGCCUAGCAGUUCUCCUUUCUACCUGUGAUUACAAAUAAUUUACAUAGACAACUUUAUUUACAUUUUAAACAUCUGUGUGAUGUAAGGGUAGGUGACUGCUGCCAUUUUUCAGAGACCAGAAAUAAAGUUUAGCACCUUGCCCAGAAAUCACAUAAUCAAGCCAAAACUGAAAUCCCAGAUUUUUGGACUUCCUCUGCCCUGGGUUAUAAUCUUUUGUUUUUCAUUGAUAGACCUGAGUGACUCGGAGACCCAUAAUUUUGAAACAGUGUGUCAUGAACGUUUAUCAUCUUUCUUGGGCAUGCUUUUCUACAUAUUUUGAGUACAUUCAACAGGGAUUACCCCCAAAUGCCAUAUCUACCUAUAAGUGGGGAAGAAAAUUAGUUGCCUAAAAAAUAGCCAUGAAUACUUUGCAACACAGGGUUGUCAGCUGUGCUCCUCAUUUUAGGCUGCUGCAUGAGCAUGCUUACAGAAUUAUUAACCAACUUACUUUGCUUCUUUUCUGUAUGAGUCAAUUCCAGAGGAGUAACCUUAGAAUGGGGUGUUUUUUGAAUCUUAAAUUUUAAAUAUCUUUUUUAUAUGGCCAAGUGUAUGAUGUCAUACACCGAGAAAAGUCUGUUACCUUUCAACAAAAGAUGUAAUUUUACGAUCAGGUUUUGUAGUCUGUUGAAAAAACUCUCAUAGCAUGACUUCCUUUGGGGAUAAUCAUUGAGCUCACAUGCAUUUGAUCUACUCAAAACUAGUAACUGAAGCUGAGUUGCACAGUUCUUGCUUAUUUCAGGGUUCUGAUUUAUCCUAGCCGGCUAUACAGCCUGCCUGUCUGAAUCCUAACCUGUAUUUUCCACGGUGGGCACAAGUCAAGACAUUAUCUACUUGCAUGAGCAUCAUUCAUAAAAACUAGUUUUGCUUAUGAAUUUAAGGGAAUUGGAGAUUAUUUUUCAUUUUAAGGGAACAGGUUCAUUUGCAUCAACUCUUGUGUUACUUUUUGGUAAGAACUGUGCAGAAUAGGGAAUUAGCUGUUUCCGUGGUGCCAAAUUUGGGAGGGGCAGGGUGUGGUCUCUAUUGAGCGGUGUAUGCUUAAUAGGGCACAUUUAACCUUGAAUUCUUUUGAAAUCAAAUGCAGUUGAAAAUAUCAGACGACAUUGUUUUGCUGGGCUGUGAAACAGGCUGCGAACAAGGCCAUUUUGGCAGUAAAGUGACCAAAAGCUGAAAUAAAACUUCUUAAUCUGUGAUGCUUGUGGCAUCCUUUGCUAAGUCAAGCUCCACACCGAGGACAGGUAAUUAAACUACUUAGGAAUUCCACAUAGAUGGCUCUGAUCUGUCCCUGUAUUUUGGAAUCAGAGACAUAGUCUAGACCCACAGCAUUGGAGGUUGUCGAGCUGCAGAGGAGCAGAGUCACCACAGAGGUCACUUAGAGUGGAACAGGUUACGGUGUCAGGAGGAAGGAGCUAGGCUGGCAGUGUCAUUGCUGGUGUGACGGCUACUCCACUUUGGCUCUAAGGCUCCUGGUGAUGUUUGAUUUCAUUUCUGGUCUUCUCUCUAUUUUGACUUCAUUCCUCUGGUCAGAGCCACAUGCUUUUUGUUUCCUGAGGCGAAGACUAUGUAAAAAUCUUAGCAUUACGAGCCACAUUCAGUGUUCCCUAAGUCUGGUGAAAUUCAGCCGAGCCGGCGUGAGAACGGACUGGCCUACUCUAGCAGCUGUGGAUACAGUCUAGCUGGGGGCAGAGUUUACAGGGUGUGUCAUGAUUCAUGUGGUGGCCGGAGGGAUAGUAAAAGCAGUUUGCCCCUGGUGUCAGCUGUUACCUUUGUUAAUACUUGAGCUGUCUCACUUGUUGGUAUUUGCUUAUCUCCCGCGCCAGCUGAUGGAGUUACUUACUGAUGGUGGCGGCAGUCAGGAUGGGCCCUUACCCCAUCAAGCAACAGUACUGAGGGAGUUGUUGGGUUUUGCCAAUGCACUAAACGCAAGGUGGCCCAGAGAGGCUUUCACCUACAUUAAGAUCCCAAAAGAGAUGAAUGUCAAAUGCCCGAAAACAGCAAUGUGGAAUAGACACAAGGAAAAUGAAUGAUGCUGCUGAAGCGUAUGGAUCUGUAAGGUUUUUAGCAAGCCCAGCAAAACAAACUUCUGGCCAAAAGAAAUUUUCCCGCCACUGCACAUAGGCGUGUUAAGCACCUGGGGAAAUUGCCAAGUUUUCGGAACGUAAGCUUUUCAAGCAUAGUAUUGAAGAAUGAGGCAGAUCCUGAAGAUGUUCACCGGGGAAAACAAUCUUGGCAAGGUUCAGAAGUAAGAAGGCAUGACGAAGAGAAGGAGACAUGCUUAGAGCAGAGGUGCUGGGGCCUGUAGACGGACAGCAGCAGCACGUCCUUGCCCCAACCACACAUACUGGACCAGAAAUGGAGGGUGGGUUGGGCAGUCUUACAAGCCCUCCGGGGGACUCUGGUGCACGCUGACAUUUGUGAACCACAGGCUUUGUAUAGUUAAACGUUUUAAGAUGUUGGUGUCCCUCUAAGCUGUAAGGUGCACUUACAUUUCUCUCCACAAGUAUAGACGUGUUUUGUAUAUGAUUCUUUGCAGAAAUUGUUAAUGUCUUUAUUUCCCAUACUUUUUCCCUGAAGCUCCUAAAAGAUCUCCUGGAAAUAUUGGGAAAGGAUGAUGGGGAGAAAAAUGUCAUCAAGGCCAUAUUUAGAUGGAUGGAAACAACCUUUCACGUGGGUUAAAAUAUAACAGUGAAUUUUCAGUCUGUGCGUGAUAGUCAUUUUUCACAACAGACGGCAAAACAUUUGUGUAACGUACAGCCGCCUAUGAUUUCAUGAUACUUGUUCAUUGCAUCUUAAUUUCCUGGGAAAGUGUUAUGUCUUUUCUGGCAUAAUAAUGACGAAGUCUUUAGAGUGUGGCUCACGAAAAUGAAAAUAAUUGGCGGAAGAGACCAUCCUGAGUACAUAGUGUUGUGGAAUAAAUCCUUUUUGAGCUA